AAUACAUCAUAAACAAUGUCUAGAAGACAACUUCCCGACCUCCAUACUCUACUUUUCAUCAUGGAGUAUAUUUUGCUUUUUCCAUGUCAAUACCUCCAUCAUAUUGGACAAUAUGCAGUAGCGGUGAACCCUCCGUCAAAACCCCUCUCUUCCCUUCUCACUCACUCGGCAGCCAUGGCGGCCCCAGACGAGCACAUGAUCCUUCGCCACGAUCAGGCCAGGUAUCGCGACAUCGCCAGCCAUCUCGUGCUUCGCCGUCGAUUAACUCGCAGCAAAUUCGCCGAGCACAAGCCCGGCGUCAGCUCAGAGCUCGACGAGGCCCCGAUCGAUUGGGUCAUCGCUCUCACCCUCCUCAUCCAGAAGCUUCUCUCCAUCAUCAGCUCCCCCCUUCUCUGGUUCGGACAUCUCGUCGAGUUUUUCCUCAACUUCUUCUCCCUCAACGGCGGAUUCUUCGGCAUCCUUCCCCGCUUGCUCACAUUUUCUGUGGUGAUUCCGAGAAGGCACGCGGCUAAUUUCAGAUCUAUUAUCUGUCACAUUGAUGGACGAUAUGAGCUAUUUAGGAGCAUUUUUCUGAGCGAUUAUACUUCGAUAGAGCCGAUUCCAGGGCUGGACAUCAAUCCCUUCUGCCUCUCGAUGAUGGCGGCGAAGCUCGCCUAUGAGAACGGGGCUUUCAUCGAAAACCAAGUCAAAAAAUACUGGAAGAUGCAUUUUGUCAGAUUCUUCAAC